AUGCCCGUACCAACACUUUUCGCUAUAGCAAUUCGCUGUGCCCAACGACACGUUGCUAGCAUUACCGACUUUGACGGCAUACCACAAGAAAUGGCCAUGCCAAUCCUCAAGAAGGUCGAGAGCCCACAGCAGCUCCGCGAAAUCGAGAUCAACAACCCCUCUUACGCCGAGUCUGGCGAGAACGCUACCCUUUGGCAGAGCUUCAUCCGCCGCGACAUUCGCGAGAUUGCUGAUGACGAAGAGAAGAUGGCCUACCCAAACAACCCUGCCAGCUGGUAUAAGGUCUACAGGAUGUUGAUGCGCAAGCAAGCCGACAAGGAGAAAGAGCAGGAAGAAGAGCUUCGCCAGCAGCUGCUUGGUCAAAAGGUUCAGAAGGCCGAAAAGCAGGCGCUAUUUGUGCCUGGUGUCAUGGCACAUGCACGUGAUGAGAAGGAGACGACCCUGUAUGUCGACGGCGUCCGCAACAAGAACUCAAGCGGCUUGGCAAAGAAGCCACCAACUGUCAAGACCGCCAAGACUGGCCACGAGGCUAUUGCUGCCAUGCGCCGUCAAGCUGCCUCGAACUCACGGCAGAUGCAGAUCGCCCAGCCAUGGAAGGCCACACAAGCAUCGCGCCAAAUCAAGCAAGCACCGCAGAGCAUGAUCCGCGACAUCGCCCGCAAGACACCACUAGAGUUUGCACCACGAGAGCUACUACCACAUGAGAAGGAGAUGCUCAGAGACCGUAAGAAAAUGAACGCAAACGUCAAGAUUCACGCACCAGGCAAGGUUGCCAACGUCAAGUACGCGGAAGCAGUACAGAAACGCAAUGAAAUGGCCGUGCGCAAAGCUCGUGAGAUCGAUGAGGCCAGACUCCGACAGCUCACCAAGUCCGAGAAUGACAAAGCACGCGCCGCUCCACCAGAGAAGAAGUUCGACUUUGAAACACCUGCUCCUGUGCCAUCGACUGAGGCCAUUUCCCAGACCACUCCGGUCAAAUACUCGGUCCCGAGCACCUAUGUCAACGGCAGACCAGUUGCCAAGGAGCCAAGCAUGUCACCACCAAAGCGAACUAGUCCAUCGGCGAGCCCGCCACAGAAUCCGUCCGGCAUUAGAAAGCGCCCAGCUCCAAGCAGCAUCUUCGCACCAAAGCCGAAGAAGAUCAUUAAACGAUGA